AUGGAGCCCUGGGCGGAGAAGGGGGACGAGGGUGAGAACGUCAGGAUCACCGCCCAGCUGCUGAAGGCCAAGACGGGCGAGUUCGCCCUGGAGUCCAUCCUGCUGCUCAAGCUGCGGGGCCUGGGCAUCUCGGAGCUUGGCUGCCUGGGCGAGUGCGCCAGCCUGGAGUGGCUGGACCUCUCCAGCAAUGCCAUCUCCCACCUGGGCCCCCUGGCUGCCCUCAAGUCCCUGGCUGUCCUCAACCUCUCGGCCAACCGCAUCUGCAGCCUGGAGCCGCUCGGCGCCUGCGAGAGCCUGCAGAGCCUCAACGUGGCCGGCAACCUGCUGGGCAGCCUGCAGCAGCUGCAGUGCCUGGCGGGGCUGCGCCGGCUGGAGAGCCUGCGUCUGCACGACGCCCGGGCUCGCCUCAGCAACCCCGUCUGCGCCUCCGGCGCCUACCGCAGCGCCCUGGGGGACCUGCUCCCCGGCCUCAAGGCCAUCGACGGCGAGAGGGUCUCCGGGCGCGGCAGCGAGCUCUACCAGCUCUGCAGGGACCUGGACAGCUCCCUGGAGCGGGGCGGCAGCGGCGGGGCGGGCAGCCCGGAGCCACCGGGCGCGGCCCUGCCCUGGGUGGAGGAGGGCUACUGGGAGCGGAGGCCGGCUCGGCGCAGCUCCAUCAUGGAGGAGGCCUACAAGCAGUUCAACGACGUGCUGCGGGAGUGCCGGGAGUUGAGCGAGAGGGCGGACGACACCAUCUCCCAGGCGGAGCGGGCCCUGAGCGUCCGCAGCGACCCCAGCUCCUACGUGUUCUGA